CGGAGCAGCUGGCGGGGGAGGACCGGAGGCGGCGGGAGAUUCAAAUCCCGACUCCCGAGCCGGGCGGAGCCGAGCGCCGCGGGAUGGAGCCGGCGGCCGAGUCCGGGCCGGCCCGGGCGGGCUAUGAGCGUCUCACUGCCGAUGAGAUGGAUGAGCAGAGGAGACAGAAUGUCGCCUAUCAAUAUCUCUGUCGCUUAGAGGAAGCGAAACGAUGGAUGGAGGCUUGUUUGAAUGAGGAGCUGGCCUCCCCUACAGAGCUGGAGGAGAGCUUACGGAACGGGGUCAUCCUCGCCAAGCUGGGACACUGCUUUGCACCAGACGUUGUCCCGCUGAAAAAAAUUUAUGACCGUGAGCAGAUGCGCUACAAGGCAACUGGACUUCAUUUUCGACACACGGAUAAUAUCAACCACUGGCGCGACGCCAUGACUCGCCUGGGGCUUCCUACGAUCUUUCACCCAGAGACAACGGACAUCUACGACAAGAAGAACAUGCCACGGGUGGUCUAUUGCAUUCAUGCUUUGAGUUUAUACUUGUUUAAGCUGGGGCUGGCUCCGCAGAUCCAGGAUUUAUACGGGAAAGUGAACUUUACAGAGGAGGAAAUUAACAACAUGAAGCGGGAGCUGGAGAAAUACGGCCUCCAGAUGCCGGCCUUCAGCAAGAUCGGUGGGAUUCUCGCCAGCGAGCUCUCAGUGGAUGAAGCAGCAGUCCACGCCGCCGUCCUCGCCAUCAACGAAGCUGUGGAGAGGGGGGUGGUGGAGGAGACCAUGGCGGCCCUGGGCAAUCCCAGCGCCGUGCUGCUCAAUUUGCGAGAGAACCUUGCCGCCGUCUACCAGGAGAUGCUGUACCAGGUGAAGAUGGAGAAAGCUGGCAAUGCCAGGAACCGGUACCUGCAGGAGAGCCUGGAAAGCGAGGAUAUUUACGACCGGUGUCUGACUCAGGCUGAAAUACAAGGGAACAUCAACAAAGUCAACGUGCACGGAGCGCUGGAAUACGUGGACGAUGCUCUGGAGAGGCAGGACCCUCCAGCCUUGUGCCAGGCCCUGCAGGAUCCCGUACUGGCCCUGCGUGGUGUGCAGCGGGAGAACGCAGCCUGGUACUUGGAUCAGCUGAGUACAGAUCGGGAGCAGAAAGCGCUGGAGCUGGGCUACGUGGACCUGCUGGAGCAGGAGGAGGUGCAGGCGGGGGUCUACGCAGCCAAUGAGAAGGGAGAUCAGGAGCAUGCCAGGAGGCAGGCCGUGAGCCGCAUCAACGCUUCAAUCCGCCGGGGGGAGGCGACGGAGACGGUGCGAGAAUUGAUGAGCCCCGAGGCCCAGCUGCCCGAGGCCUUUCCCUUCGCCGCCCAGCUGUACCAGCGCGAGCUGUCCCUGCUACAGCGGCAGCAUCCGCAGGGUGAGUUGGGGCAGGAGGAACUGUACGUUGCUGUGGAGAUGCUCUCGGCCGUGGCACUGAUCAACCGGGUGCUGGAAGCUGGGGAUGUCUAUGGAUUCUGGAGUAGCCUGGUCAGCCCUGCCCUGGACCUGUCUGAUAUCGAGGAUGCAAACGUGCAGCGCUAUUUUGACGACUUGUUGAAACUGAAGCGCCGAUCUGGGAAAGCCGGGGUUGCGUUCCUGAACUGGAACGACAUCCAGGCCUGCGUGAACAGUGCCAACUCGGCAGUGCGAGAAGAAAACGAUCAGAUCCUCGCCAUCAGACUGAUCAACGAGGCGCUGGCGCAGAACGACCCGGAGAAGACGCUUACUGCUCUGCUGUUGCCCUCUGCCGGGCUCUCUGCCGUGACUCUCCCAGGAGCAAGGCGUUACCACGAUGUGCUGACCACCGCGCUAAGGCAGAAAGCCCAGGUGACCGGGGAUGAUGGAGCAGCUCUCUGGUGGGAGGAGAUCCAGCAAGGGGUUUCCCAGGCCAAUCAGGACACCGAGGCAGCUAAGAGAAUGGCUCUAGGGAUUGCUGCCAUCAACCAGGCCAUAAAAGAAGGGAAGCCGGCUCAGACGGUACGCGUGCUGCGGAACCCGGACGUCUCCCUGCAUGGCGUCGUGGCAGAAUGUGCAGGGGCCUACCAGGCCCUGCUCGCCACCCUCCUGGCUGCCAAGAGACAAGCAGGGAACGCUAAAGACCACUGGGUCCGACACCAGCUGAAAGAUGGCAGCGUGUAUUACUUCAGCUUGCAGAGCUUCGAAGGCAGCUGGGAGCGGCCGCGUGACUGUGUCCUUAACUCCAUCCACCUCAGCUGGGAGGAAAUCCAGUCGACGAUCAUGGGCGUGACCGCGGCCCACGACCGGGAACGCCUCUGGGAAUCCAACGCUGGAUUUGUCGUGAGGCUGCAGGCCCGCAUGAGGGGCUACCUUGUCCGCCAGGAACUCGUGGCCCGCAGACAUCUGUUGCAGGAGCAGUUACCAGCUGUUAUCAAAAUCCAAUCAUGCUGGAGAGGAUACAGACAGCGCAGCGCUUACCUGCAAAGAUUACGGUACUUGCAAAAAACCAGAGAUGCUGUGAUAAAGAUCCAGGCCUAUGUGAGGAUGUGGCGAGCUCGUAAAAGGUACCGGGAACGACUGCGCUACUUCAGGAAGAACAUUAAUGCUGUAAUUAAAAUCCAGGCUUUUGUGAGAGCUAACAAGGCCCGUGGGGAUUACAGGAUGUUGGUCCACGCCAGGGAUCCGCCACUGAGCAUUGUCCGGCGCUUCGCCCACCUGCUGGAACAGAGCCAGCAUGACUUCUGGGAGGAGUCGGAGCUGCUGAAGCUGCGGGAGGAGGUGGUGAAGAGGAUCCGCUCCAACCAGCAGCUGGAGAGCGACCUCAACCUCAUGGACAUCAAGAUCGGGCUUCUGGUCAAGAACAGGAUCACUCUGCAGGAGGUCGUUUCCCACUGCAAGAAGCUGACGAAGAAGAACAAAGAGCAGCUGUCGAACCUGAUGGCCAUCGACAAACAGAAGGGCCUCAAGUCGCUCAGCAAGGAGAAGCGCCAGAAGCUGGAGGCCUAUCAGCACCUCUUCUACCUGCUGCAGACCCACCCUGUGUACCUGGCUAAGCUGAUUUUCCAGAUGCCCCAGAACAAAUCGACCAAGUUCAUGGAAUCGGUGGUCUUCACGCUCUACAACUACGCGUCCAAUCCCCGAGAGGCCUAUCUGCUCCUUCAGCUCUUCAAAACCGCCCUGCAGGAGGAGAUCAGGUCCAAAGUCGACCAGCUCCGCGACAUCCUAACGGGGAACCCCACCGUGAUCCGGCUGGUGGUGAGCUUUUACCGGAAUGCCCGCGGGCAGAACGCCUUGCGCCAGAUCCUGGGCGGCCCUGUACAGGAGGUUCUGCAGGACAAAACCCUCAGCAUCCGCACCAACCCCGUGGACAUCUACAAGGCCUGGAUCAACCAGAUGGAGUCUCAGAGCGGACAAAAGAGCAAGCUCCCAUAUGAUGUUAGCCCCGACCAGGCCCUGAGCCACCCCGAGGUUCAGCGUCGCCUGGACAUCUCUAUCCGCAACCUCCUGGCAGUGACAGACAAGUUCCUCUCUGCCAUCACCUCUUCCGUGGACAAAAUUCCCUACGGGAUGCGCUACGUGGCCAAAGUCCUGAAGACAUCCCUGGCUGAGAAAUUCCCAGACGCCGGUGAGGAGGAGAUCUGCAAGAUUGUCGGGAACCUGCUUUAUUACCGGUUCAUGAACCCGGCCGUGGUGGCACCGGACGGCUUCGAUAUCGUGGAUAUCUCUGCUGGCGUGGCCCUGCACCCUGAGCACCGGCGCAACCUGGGCUCCAUUGCCAAGAUCCUGCAGCAUGCGGCAGCCAAUAAGAUGUUCGAGGGGGAAAACAGCCACCUGCGUGUGGUGAACCAGUACCUGGAAGAAACCCACGCUAAGUUCAGGAAGUUCAUCAGUGCUGCCUGUUCCGUCCCCGAGCCAGAAGAAAGGUUUAAUGUGGAUGAGUACUCGGAGAUGGUAGCUGUGGCCAAGCCGGUCAUCUACAUCACGGCGGUGGAGCUCAUUAAUACCCACAAGCUGUUACUAGAGCAUCAGGACUCCAUUUCGCCCGAUCACAAGGACCCUCUGCAUGAGCUUCUGGAAGACCUUGAUGAGCUGCCUACUGUCCAGUCUCUGAUAGGUGAGAGCGCUCCGAACCUAGGCGAUGGCAGCCCCGAGCAAGCGCUGGCCCAGCUUGGCAAGCUGGAGGUCUCGCUCACCCUCGCCAACAAGUUUGAUGUGAUGGAGGCCAGUAGCGAGGAGGCAGAUACAAGGAGCUUGCUGCUGAGCACCAAACAGAUGCUAGUGGAUGUGAUCCAGUCCCAGCUGGGGGAUUCCCUCUUGGAGAUCUUACAGACAGCUGCAUCAGAGGAUCAGGAAGCCUUCCAUCACCACCAGAUGCGCCGGCGGGCCCUGCGUGAGGCCCAGACCCCAGACAGGUUGAAACGCAACCGCUCCCUGGCUGGCAACAGCCAGCUCUCCAUGGAAGAGAAGAAGCGGAAGGUCAUCCGGAACCUGCGGCACUUGGAGAGCCUGGGGGUGGUGGACUCGGCCAAUCAGUACCAGGAGAUCAUCAACGAGAUGGCCAAGGAUAUUCGCAAUCAGAGGCGUUACCGGCAGCACCGCAAGGGGGAGCUAGUGAAACUGCGGCAGACCCUCCACGGCCUCAACUCCAAGACCUCGUUUUAUGAGGAGCAAAUCGACUAUUACAAUCAGUACAUCCGGACAUGUCUGGACAACCUGGCUGCCAGCAGCAAGCUCAACGGGAAGAGCAAGAAGCAGCAGUCGCUGCGUUACACGGCGGCGCGGCUCUUUGAGAAGGGCGUAUUGCUGGAGAUAGAAGACCUGCCUGUCGGCCAGUUCCGGAAUGUGAUUUUCGACAUCAUUCCGUGCGGGGAAGCCGGCAAGUUCCAGGUGAAGGCCAAAUUUAUGGGGAUCGACAUGGAGCAGUUCCAGCUUCACUAUCAGGACCUGCUGCAGCUGCAGUACGAAGGUGUGGCCGUCAUGAAGCUGUUCGACAAGGCCAAAGUCAACGUCAACCUGCUCAUUUUCCUCCUCAACAAGAAGUUCUUCAGGAAGUAGCUGGGGGGGAAUGGGAUGGGGGGGGAGGGGGAGGGAACCUGCCAAAGAGAUUUCAGGGCCAGAAUCCGGCUUCUGAAUGGUACCUUGCCAAGGAGAGGGGAAAACUACAGCACUGGAGGCAUUGCCGUUAAUUCUCUCCUGCCCAGAACUGGUACACUCAAGCUGCAUCUUGUUGCCUUGGGGGUUAAAUCUAGAUCCCAGCAUAUACACGGGGGUGGGGGGGCUAUUCAGGGGCCGGCGCAUGCCCUGGCAUAGGGUAGAGCACCCCUUACAGUUUCCCUUUUUGUUGCAAUGGUCCCUAGGGGACUUUGCAGUGGUCUAGGACGAUUGGUGUGCAUGUCUGCCCCAUCUGCCUGCCCCCCUGCAGCUGGGGGGCUUAUGUCUGAUCCGCAGUCCCUUUGCGUCAAUCGAGCCGGUGCCCCAGGUUCUGAUUCCUUGGUGCCUUAUCCAUGCUGCUGCUUUGACUAGAUAGGAAACACUAUUACUCAGAGCUGCCGCCCACUUCCUAUGAACAAGGCGAUAGUUGGUUUUAUUUUGCGUGUGUUUUUUUUUUUUUUUAACUAGGCUGAGACUUUUUAAGCAUCCAGUUGCUGAGCUCUGGCUUAUCCCUUCUCAGCCACAGGAGCGCGAGGUUGGAAAUUUUUUCACACCCCACCCCCACCGUGGGUGACACCAGCGAGAGAGCUGGUGUGAGAGCUCUUGGUCUGCACCGAUGCGUGCAAAUAACCCACAGACCACGCAUGGGUCCUUUCCCAUGCGGGGUCUCUGCUGAACAGCAGCAAAUCAGGGUCAAGGUUAGUUGAACAGCUGGUAUCAGACCACUCAUCACAAGGCGUGGUACCUGUGUGUAUGGGGGGGGAGGGGGGAGUUACCAGUCUCUGGCUUUUUAAUGUAUGUUUAACCCUUUUUUUAAACUAGUAUUUUUAGAUGUUUGAGUUCUGAGUUUAGUUCUCUCGGGUCACUCUGCCGGUGGCUGUUUAAGGACACUGAGGGUUUGUAGGCUGCAGACCUGGUCUUUUACAUUUUUUUUUUUUUUUUUUUUUUAAAGAUACAUUUAUUGUAAUUAUUUUCCCCUACCCCAGCAAAAAAAACCUGGCUACCUCUGUUUUCUCAGUCAGAAUUAGACUGCCCAUAGAAGAAGAAAAAUCCCAUAAACACACCAGUGUUAGCCACCCUACAAUAAUAAACACAGUGUGUGGGCUGCCUGGGAGCCAUUGGCAGCCUACAAUAAUAAACCAGUGUGCAAUAUAGAGAAGCUGAAACCUAAUUAAGGCAACUAACUUCAUUUAAAAGCCUCCAAGGGGUUCCAAUGGGGAAAAAUGGAUCAAAAUAGCUCAGCUCACCCUGGGGCCCUGGCCAGACUGGCUCACCCAUUGCAAUCUGCCAUAAAGUUUAGGGGAGAGGGGCAUGGGCAUGUCAAAAUUAUGGAAGACCUUGAUGGUGUGGUUGGUUGGUUGGGUUUUUUUUUGUUUUGUUUUUUGGUUUAAAUCUUCAUGUUCUCUGGGUGGUCUGUACCCCUGGCAAAUGGAAGGAAUAGAGGGGUGGGGGCAAUCCUUCUCCAUCUUUGAAGGAUAGGAAGGAGGGUAAAAGCGAGUGGUUAACAUCUGACAGGCGACUCUAGAAUGAAUAAUCCCAAGGGGAUGGGAAGUACAAACCAGGACCUCGGUCUUGCGAGACGCUCACGCACGUGUUUAAGUACGAGCGCUGCUAUUGAUUUGAACCGGGGGAGGGGCGGGGGAUGUCUACGCACCCCAGCCAUGGCCCAGCCCUCCGUGGUGCUAGGCACUGUCAAAACACAUAACGCAAAGACAGCCCCUGCCCCCAAGAGUUUUCAAUCAAAAGUGCCACUAGCCUGAGUCGGUGCUUGAAGCUGAGCAUGUGUUUGUGGGAGCAGGGGCGAGGCUUGCUGAUGCCGGUACUACAAAGCCCCUCUUUCUUACAACCUUAUAGACUCUGAAUUUUUCUUUUAAAUGACUUUUAGAACCCUAUUAAGACACUAAUGAAACUUGCCACCCUAGCAGUAACACUGCACUGCCUAUUCCAAGGCAUGUUCUGAGGACGCUUACAAGUGCCUGGUAUAGUCAGGCAACAGAACAAGCCCGUGAAUGCUUGAAAUUACUUGUGUUUAUAAGAUGGCGUCACGGGUGGGCGGGACGCUUUACAGGGCUCGUCCUCACUGCAGAGGGAACUCGAGUUCUAACUUGAGUUCUGUCCCUAGCUCAAAUUCCGUCCACACACACGCACUCACCCCCUUUAACUCAGCUUGGCUGGCUCAGCAGCUGUCGCUUGAGUUAGCACGGCUCGUCGGCUACCACAGUUGCUUUGUGCAGCUUGAGUGUAACUUAAGUGUGAGCAGCCACACUGGAGCGAGGCUGGCUCGAGAGGCGUAACCUGAGUCUGCAGUGACGACAUCACUGUAGCUAAGGCAGUGUGAUUCAGUGCCCUGGGAGCCAGGAGACUGGGGUUCUAUCCACAGCUCUGCCAUGGACCUGCUGAGUGAGCUUGGAUGUGCCAGUUUCCCUCUGUGUAAAACAGGGAUAAUAUAAUAAUACCUAGUUCAUUAUAUAGAUAACCAUUUAUCCACCUGUAUAAAGCAAUUUGAGAUCUGUGGAUGAAAAGCCUUGUGUUAAUGCCAUGUGUUAAAACUGGCAGGUCUCUUCCCAACAGAUCUUAGACUAGAUAAUAGAUACAUAACUUAGGAUGCUGGCAUUUUCCAUACUGUUGGCCAGAUCCUCAUCUGAUGCAAAUUGGCAAUGGAGCUAGGCUGACUUGCACCAGUUGAGGCUCUGUCCCAGCAUGUAUAAGGGUGCAGCCUUCAAAAGGCAAGAGAAAUUCCGUGAGUUUGGCAUUCAUAGUAAUGAAGGUCCAAUUGCUUUAGCAGCUGCAGAAAAGUUAGCUAAAGGUCCAGCUUCAGUGAUGAACUCCUUUUUCUCCUUUGCUGACACAAUAACACCUAUCAGAGUAGCAGCCGUGUUAGUCUGUAUCAGCAAAAAGAACGAGGAGGACACAGUGGGUCUUGAAAGUUCCUACUGUAUUUCCUACUGUAUUUUCCACUGCAUGCAUCUGAUGAAGUGGGCUUUAGCCCGCGGAAGCUUAUGCCCAAAUAAAUUUGUUAGUCUCGAAGGUGCCACAAGUCCUCCUCGUUCUUUUUUUCCGUGACACCUAGUGGCCUAAGAGAAUAUUGCCUUUUAAAAUACGUUUCGGCUUCAAUCUUGUUGAAUGAGUGUGACUCCGAGACAGUGAGCUGGCAUUAGUUUUAUAAAGCAGUUUUAUACCAAUUAACCUUCCCCCCCCCCCCCCCCCAAUGGCAUAAUGAUUUUGCAGAAGCUGGGUAAUGAGGGGUUAUUAAAUCAUCUAUAGUUUUAAAAGGACUAGGAGUUAGGGUAGGUCAAAGUGAAUACGCACCAAGAAUGUAGUGGUGGAGUUGCAAAAAAGGCUAAUAUCAUUCUGGGGUGUAUUAACAGGUGUUGUAUAUAAGACAUGGGAGGUAAUUGUCCCACUCUGCUUAGCACUGGGUAGGCCUCUGCUGGAGUCCUGUGUCCUGUCCUGGGCGCUGCACUCCAGGAAAGACAUGGACAGAUUGGAGAGAAUCCAGAGGACCGCAACACAAAUGAUCAAAGGUUUUGAAAACCUGACCUAUGAGGAAAGGCUGAAAAACCUCGGCAUGUUUAGACCUGAGAAUGGAAGACUGAGGGGAGGGGAUCAGUCUUCAGAUAUGAUCAGAGUGGUCAACUGAUCUCCGUGUCUACUGAAGGUAGGACAAGAAGUAAUGGGCUUAAUCUGCAGGAAAGGAGAUUUAGGUUAGCUAGUAGGAAAGAAGUCUCAGGUGUACUUCAUCCAUUAUCAUCUCGACUGGCUGUUUCAUAAACCCCACAGCUGUCAGAUUUAUACUCCACGUGAAGAAAGAGCCAGCUCUAAAUUUAGGAGAUCUGAAAGUCCUUUGUGCCAGGAGCUGUACAUACAUAUGGUCAGAGACAAUCCCUGACCCAUAGAGCUUUGGCCAGGUCUGCACUAAGGUAUAGCUAUGCCAGUACACUAUACUGCCAAAGAGUUCCUAUUGUGGAUGCAGCCUAUUCUAGCAAACCUGCAUAAUUAGCAAUAUCGCUUAUUCCACCCCACCGCUGAGCGAAACAAACUAUCCCGCUAAAAGCAUGGUUUUGCCAGCGUAACUGGAUUGGCCGUGUUGAUCAGAAAUCGACAUUGCUACCACAGCAGAAGGCUGUAGUGUAGACAUGGCCUCAGUCUAAACAGGCAAGAUAAACCAUCCCUUUCUCCCAACUUUUGUCCAUGUCCAGUAUGCAGAUGGGGAGCCGAGCUAUGUUUACACAGCCCGCAGCUAGUUUUUGGAGCCCAGGGUCUGAAGCCCCCUCUGCUCCCUGGGCUUCACAGCCUGAGCCCACCCUGAGCUGCUGGCACAGCUAUUUUUAGAGCAUAAGCUUUCGUGAGCUACAGCUCACUUCACUGGAUGCAUUCAGUGGAUGCAUCCAAUGAAGCGAGCUGUAGCUCACAAAAGCUUAUGCUCAAAUAAAUGUGUUAGUCUCUAAGGUGCCACAAGUCCUCCUUUUCGUUUUGCGAAUACAGACUAACACGGCUGCUCCUCUGAAACCUGUUUUUAGAGCGCUAGCCCCAGCUGCCUGACCUGGGCUGGGAGGCUUGUGUAUACAUACCCAGAGUGCCUGGCCUUCAAUCUCUGUUGCCCUGAUCUUCGCAGAGUCCUCUUGCGCCGGGACAGAAUGGGUGUAAAAUGCUAUCUGAUGUAGCAAUGUACAACCCACUGCAAGGCAACAGAAUCAAACCUGCUUUCACCCAGGAAGAUGAGAAUUAAAGAGAUCCCGGUCUGAGUCCCAGUCCAGCACCUUAACCGCUAGGCUCUCCAAUUAGGAGGGUGGGGCGGGGAUUUACUCUCAGAAAUUCUCCACAAGGCUGCAGCGUUGUAGGGCCUGAUUCACGUUCCCUUUAUGUUGCUGGGGCAGCGUAAAGAAGCCUUAAAGCAGCUGUAAACCGGUCACACUCACGUGGGUAUGAGGGUAAGUGCACUGAAGAUUGCAAGGUGCUUGGGUACUACAUUACUGGAAGGCAGAUCAAUACCAAAGACUCUUAAAGGGGCCUUAAUAUAAAUGAGGAUUGUGCUAGAUGGGCUAACAAACCUGGCCAAACACAAGAUCUCCUACAGCGAAAAGGAUUCUGAUUGCGUGGCCCAAACAGGAGAUGCUCCCCCAUCCAGCCUGGCUGCUGCUCUCCUCAUUAUUUAGAGUUAGAGCUGAUGCUGUUUGGAAUCCGUUUCAAAAUGGAGCAUAAUUAGGCAGGGAUUGAGCUAAACCUGUCGCAGCUGCUUUCCAUGCAAUAAUACAUGUUAGAUUUAGACUUCUGGAAAAGUCCUAACACAUCCAGGGGCUGUUUCAGUUGAUUUUUAACCCAGACCAAAGAACAUUGGACGCUCUUUUUGUCUAGUGAUGUUACAGUCAACCAAUUGCCCACCAUUAGAGCCCAAUCCUGCGGGGUGCUGAGUGCACUGGUCCUGAUUCGGGAAAGCUCGUAAGCACAUGCUUAACUGCUAAGCAGGUGACUCAUCCCAUUGAAGUGAAUGGGGCUAUUGGCCGUGCUUAAUGGGGGCUAAAGCGCUCUGCACUAUCCAGGAUCCAGCCCCCCAAAUGGGCCUGAUCCUGCCAGGUUUGCACAUGCUCCAUUCCCUUGAGACCAGACCCUGCUCCUCUUUGCAUUGGAGUAAAGUGAGAAUAACUCUGCAGAAGUCGGUAGCAUUUCACGGCUAGAGGGAAACAAUGGUGAGCAGAACUGGGUUGGUAGAUGUCAGUAGGGAUAGUGAGUGCUGGGGAUCGUGCAGAACGGGGUCCUAACGAGAGAUUCUGGUAGUAAUCAAGGAGCUGACCCUCAUUUACACCCAGGCAGCCUUUGCACCGCUCUGGCUGUGCAAAGGAAGCUUCAAAUGAGUCUAAAUUACAGUUGGGGCCUUCUAUUUUAACUGUAACAUAUAUUGAAUCUAAGUCUCCAUUACCCGGCCAGUGCAGCGCAAAGGGGCCCUGUGUGUGAAAGAGAAUCAGACCCUCACACCAAUACAUUUGCUCAAGUAACUCCCCUUAGGGUGUCAUCUUGGUGCUCUGGGUUAUUCUCUCUCAGAGGCGUUAAGUGGGGAACUGUAAGUCUGUCUGUCUUGGAGCUCUGUUCCUGCUGUGUCCCUGGAAGGAAUUUUUGUCUUUUUUGUGUUUUUGUUUUUUGUCAUUCAAUUGCUGUACGUAGUGUGUGAAUCCUGCCUCUCCAGGCUUGUGCCCGCUGUAUUCGAAUCUCCAUUUCCUUCUCCGUGCCCGCGCCUCACUCGGUUUAUUCUAAAUAAAUGUCUGUAUGUGGACAAA